UUUUGCAUGAUAUUGUGUAAUAUCAUUAAUUUCUCCCUUAUUUGUACCACGUGUUUGGGAAAAUCGAUUUUUGUUUUUUGCAAUUUUAAAUGCAUUACUGGCAGUUGCGAAAAAUACGUGAAGUCACUUACGAUUGUGACGUAAUUAAUGGUCGCGAAAAGAGUGUGGGAAUUCCUCUAAUGUUUUGAUUCAUAAAUUAACCGAUUUCCCGCCAAAAAAAAAAGGUAGUCGAAAUUUAUUCUGCAUUUAGAAUAAAGGUCAGCGGUUUUGGCGUAGGCAUUUUUGCGGAAAAUACUGUAACAUUUUCUUUAAAAUUGAAGUAGGGGGUGCCUUACGCGCAGGUUCAUAGAAAAAAAAACGUAACUAAAAAAGCGGUCGACAGAAAGUCGAAAUAUCUAAAACAGCACAGUCUUGUUUCAAUUCGGUUUUAAUUACAUUAUUUAGUUCCGUUGGUGCUAAAAGGUUUUUGCAAAUAAAUUUUCAACAAUCGCGAUGCUUGUCCAAAAUUUGAUAUGCAUGUACUGUGCACUUUUUUUAAAUGAGGCACAUUUUUCCAAAAUGUGUAGUAGGUGAUAAAUUAGUGAUCAAAGAUACAUUUAGAACCCUCAUCAUGAUGAAACUCCAGACAGAAUAACAUUUUACCUCUCGUGACUGUGUAAUCGUCAUUACUCAUUUAAUUCGUCACUAUGGAACCAUACUCGGACCACAUCUUAUGGCUUAUCGUCCUGGGUUUUAUAAUUGCUUUUGUGUUGGCCUUCGGAAUUGGUGCGAAUGAUGUCGCCAAUUCGUUCGGUACCAGCGUCGGAUCGAAAGUCCUUACAAUAUAUCAAGCUUGCGUUUUGGCCACUAUUUUUGAAAUUGCCGGUGCGGUGCUAAUAGGAUACAAGGUGUCGGAUACUAUGCGAAAAGGUAUCUUGGACAUUUCAGUAUACGAGGAUGCCGAAGUGGAACUAAUGCUGGGAUGUCUGAGUACUCUCGCCGGUAGUGCUGUGUGGUUAAUCGCUGCGACUUUCUUGAAAAUGCCCAUAUCUGGUACCCAUAGUAUCGUCGGUGCCUCCAUAGGUUUUAGUUUGGUAGCUCGUGGCACACAAGGUCUUCACUGGACUAUUUUAGGAGCAAUAGUCGGCUCAUGGUUCAUAUCUCCAGUUUUAAGUGGAAUUACAUCCCUUAUUAUUUUACUAAUCAUAAAACGCUUCAUUUUAAAUACUUCGGACCCGUUGAAGUCAGCCUUUUAUAGUUUACCGCUGUUUUAUGGAUUUACAAUUUUAGUCAAUAUUUUUUCAAUUGUACACGACGGUCCAAAAUUACUCUACAUGGAUAACAUUCCGUUAUGGAUGGCAGCUGCUAUAAGUGUGUCAGUCGGUUUGUUAGCAGCAAUUUUAAUUCAAUUAGUCGUCGUACCGUGGCAGCGUAAACGUAUCAGUGAAGAAAUGAAAGUGGAGCAGCCACCGGUUAAUUUUAACAUAGGCGAAUCUUCCGAAACGUCGCCCGAAGGUAGUCCGAAGCCCUCUCAACGAAAUUCUCAAAAUUUAGAUCGGCAAUUAACAAUAAUAAUGGAGAAUACGGAAAUGUUACCAGUGGGAGGUAAAAUGUCAAUGAAGUAUAUGUUUCCAUCACCACAUCAUGAUAAGAAAAAUGGCUAUACGGCCGGAAACCAUCUAGAGGAACAUCCCAAACAUCUUCCAAUAAACGAAAGCACCGUCACACUAAGUAGCGAUAUCAAUCCUGCACUGUCGCCAAGUUCAAGCGGAGUUCCUUUAAUUAUGAAUAAAAGUUUUGCUAAAAUUGAGAACGACAAGGGUAUUUGUGCCAUAGAAUUACAAGAGAAUUCAGAUCUAUAUGGUGAGAAUAGGAGUGUAUCGAAAUUAUUUAGUUUUCUACAAGUUUUAACUGCCACUUUUGGCAGCUUUGCACAUGGUGGUAACGAUGUGAGUAACGCCAUCGGGCCUUUAAUCGCGCUGUGGUUAAUAUAUUGUGAAGGAUCUGUUCAGCAGCAAUCUGAAACACCUUUAUAUAUCUUAUUGUAUGGAGGAGUCGGAAUCUCGGUUGGUUUAUGGCUGUGGGGACGGCGAGUGAUACAAACAAUUGGAGAGGAUUUGACAAAAAUCACUCCUGCAACCGGAUUCACUAUAGAAAUAGGUGCAGCUUUUACAGUAUUACUAGCAAGCAAAAUCGGUAUACCCAUCUCUACAACUCAUUGUAAAGUCGGGUCAAUCGUUUUCGUAGGUUAUUUUAGCUCUUCACGCAAAGGGGUUGAUUGGAAAUUAUUCAGGAACAUCGUGUAUGCGUGGGUUGUUACAGUACCGGUAACGGCCUUACUUUCGGCUGGUUGCAUGUAUGCACUUACAUCAGCAGUGCUGUAAUCUAGGUCCAAUUUUCCCUUCAAAGGCUAUAAUGUUAGUUACUUAACUAAACAGAAGCAAUGUAGUCAGUGUUUAAACUUUCAAGAUGCAUGCAGUACUUCCCUUGCAAGUAUUUGUUAGUAGAACGCUGCACUUAACUUGCUCCAACUUUAAUUUUGUAAUCGGCGAUUACUUAAUAUAU